AUGGCUCAAGACGACGCCGCCUUCGGCGCCCCAGGCGAGGAACCGACGCCUACGCCUGCAGCCGCGCCGCCCAUCACCUCAGAUUUCAUGAGCUCCGUCAUGGCUCGACUCGCUCGCCAAGACGAAGUCCAAAAGACAACCAACGACCAACUCGCUGCGUUGGUCGCGGCGCUCACAGCUCCUGAGGGACAAACGAGCCGUCCCCAGCAGAUACGCCGCCGCCUCUUCAACACAAACCCUACGGCAACCGGAGUCGACCAUAUCUCUGACGACUCGGAGCCUAACGAAGCCCUUCUCGCAGACGCUCUCCCAGCAGGUUCAGAUCUCACGACAAUACGCGAGCUCGCCGAGCUCAAACUCAGCCUUCAACAAAUGGGAGAGAAGAUCCACCAAGUAACCAGCGCAGCUCCGCAAAUAGAGAGUGUACUCGCCGCAACCUCGCGUACUCCUUUUACUCGCGCGCUAACUAGCGUCCAACUCGGAAAGAUAGAAAAGCUGCGCCUACCUGAGUAUAAGCCCGGCGGAGACCCGGUGGAACAUAUGACCGCUUUUAACAUCGCGAUGGCGCGAGCUCGACUCCCUGACGACGAAAGGGACGCAGGUUACUGCCAGCUGUUCGUCGAGACUCUUCACGAGCAAGCCCUGACGUGGUUCUCCCAGUUGGAGGAGAACUCAAUCGGAUGUUUCCGCGACUUAUCAGCAGCUUUUCUCAAGACAUACAUCAUGUUCACAAAGCGCAGCGCCACCGCAUCCAGCCUAUGGAGCCUCAAUCAGAAAAAGGACCAGAGUUUGCGCGAGUACAUGGAGAAAUUCAAAGCCGUAGUGUCGAAGAUUGAGAUCCCAGACGGAAUUGCUAUCGACGCCUUGCGCAACACCUUGUGGGUCCACUCCAAAUUCCGAGAAGACCUGUACCAGAACCCAACCAAGUCGCUCCAAGACGCUAUCGCACGCUCCGAUAACUUCAUCCGAAUGGAGGAGGACACCAACGCAAUCCUCAGCAAGAUGAGCGCGCCCAAGGCUCCAGCGGCUAAGAACGCAAAUGCGCGACAAGAACCGCGCCAACACGCUCCAAACGACAAAAAACGGUCGCAAAGACGGUUACAUUGGGUAAGAGAACUCGAGUCGUCCGACCAAAAAGUCGAUUCUGUUUGCACCACCCAACCCGCAGCGGGAGUCGGAUCAGCAGUAGGGCCUUCCCGGACCGUCGACCUCACCAAGCAUUGCAAGUAUCACGACGUCAAAGGACACGAUACCUCAGAAUGCAAAUCUCUCUACGCGCAUUACCUCUCAUCCCUUGCAAGCGGCGAGUUUAAGUUUGAGCCAUUGAAAGCCAAACCAAAGAACGGUAAGAGCUGGAGCAAGAAUAAAGAAAGAAGGGCCCAGCGCAAAGCCACUGGCAAAGGUCGACAAAACGACGCUCCGCAACGAGACGACGAGGAAGAAACCCCAAGGGAUAACGGCGGGGGAGACUCCUCAGCCGACGAAGAGCAUCCGGCUAAUCGCAGACGCAUUGAGGUUAUACUCUCUCAGCAAUCCUUGUCGUCCGACGAAGAUAACGACGAUUCUCCUGUACUCGGAGACCUGAGAGACAGCCUUAAACGGAAGCUCGAACCGUAA